CUGUGUGCUCCGCUCCGUUUGGACAGUGCUGUACAGAAGACUGAGGAAAUCUGCGAAAACUACUAAUAUUCUCUACAGCAAGCUCUGAUGGAGGUCCAUGGCUCCAGAAUAUCGAAUGUGCCGUUCUGGAUCGGAAGUGGUGGUGACGGACCAGAUGACACGUAUGAAACUACUUUCCAGAAGCAUUUUAAAUAUUUGGAGACCACCUUGCCAAAAAGGGAGACCCUUGCUCCUCCUGUCUCUCCAAAAUUCCAUCACAGAGACCUGAAACGUAUCAGAGAACUCCAGACAGAAACUUCAUCAUCCUUUCCUCCACAUCAACCAGUCCCUGUCAUUCAACCAAAGCAAACUCACGCAACCAUGCACAGCACCAAUUUCAAAGUACAUUUUGACAACAAAAGUGAAACAUUUCGUACUACUACUACUGAGGACUUCCAGCACUCGCCCACAUCUGUAACCAAGCCUGUUCUUCCCAUCACAUCAGUCGGGACAAAUCUACCAAAAGGCAAAUAUCCGCAACCCACUUACAGAUCAUGUUAUAUCACGCAUGAAGUUCCCCCAGUCCUCAAAGCAAAGCCAAUGGAGAACACAGGUGUUGGGUCCACGCUAACCGUGAACAAAAAUAGCAAGUUUGUGAUAUCCAGUUACAAUGAGCAGUUUCAGAACAGAUGGUGUCCUCCACUUCCACCUCUCCAGUCUGUUGAACAGCAACGUAUUCAGCAUUCAUCCUUAGUGAUGGGAGACCAAGAAAAGAUAACCGAGAACAAAACAACUUACUCUUCUUCCUUCAGAGAGUCAGGUGACCUCAGCCCUACGAUACUGAAUGAACUUCUGCUUCCCAAGAUAAAGAAAUCCCAACAUUUCAACCUCCGAGAACUUGCUGAUGAUGAAUGGAACACAACCACAUCUGAACAGUUUCCUGUGCGUAAAUGUGAUCCUGUUCAUUUGGUGCGCAAAUACAAAAAUCUGAGCACUGUGUUUGAAGGGGAAACAUUUAACCAGGACAGAAUUAAGACAACUAACCAGUCCUUCUUCCCAGAGAUAAGCAACAUGUCGUUUCCAGUGCAUGUUAAAGGAGCAAAUCUAAGGACUUUGAGCAAUGUCGAAUUUGGGAGACCCGGUCUGUCAGUAACAUUCUACAGCACAACGUCACAUGAGCAGUUUUCUCCAAAAGAGAUCGUCCGACCCAGACCACACAACAACCCAUCCAGCAAUAUGCUGUUUGAACAAGAGCCAGAUCCAAUGCUAACAACCAUGCAAAGAGACUUUGUGCCCCAGAACUGUAGGAGACAGCAACUCAGCCCUUGGCAGCUUCAGCGGGUAAAAGAGAGUCACAUCAGACCCCAGCUAAGCACCUGGGACUUCAGAACAACUCAUAAUGAAGUUUUUAUUCCCAAGCCUUAUUCUAAGGCAUCCCUGGACGAUCCACCUUUUCAACACAUAAGUCAUAUUUGUUUUUGACUUGUCAAAGACACAUGAAACGUCUAAAAUAAAGCAUCAUUUUUUACUGUCUUUGCCAUUUCAAAGUCUUGUCAUGUCAGAAAUAUUAAACGUUUGAGUAUAAUGACUUACAAUCGAGAUAAUUUCAACCAUAACAGAGGGUGAUGCUGUUUUUAUCUGCAGAUGAGUGAAUUUGAGGCUUGUUGUGACAAUAGAAGAUGUCCUGCUUACGCUUGGUAGUUCUCAAGGUUAAUUUGUAAUUCAAACGUGCCAAAUAUUACAGUUAAGUGUGUCAGUAGUGUUUGCCCUCGGCAUUGCAUUCUCAGUUGGAUGGCACUCGAUACAAAUAAAAUAUCUACUGCUACAAGUUAUAGCCCUAUUAUGUACACUUUAUAAUAAGUUAUUAUAGUGUCAUUCUUCUAGUGAUUAAGAAAACGACGAAACUGUCACAAUCAAAGAAUUAACAAAUUGUGAUGUAACUUUACAUAUUUUGUAUUAGCCAAUACAUUAGGAUAAAAUAGAAAAUUGUCACUGUCCUUUUGAAACCUUGUAUGUACGUUGUUGUUCCUCCAGAAAUGGUGGGUCACUUUUUCAAUGAUUGCAUAGUGUUGUCAAAGUUGAAAAGCACUUUUUAAUACUUCAUUGGUUAAAUAUUUGCAAAACCGAGUGACAAACAUAAAGGGUAAAUAAUAAUAAUGAUUUAUGGCAAAAAUAGAAAAUCACGAAAUAUGGAGGUAUGGUUUUUAGAAGGAUAGCAGCGAAAUAUUCUUUCUUCAAAAUGCUCGUGCACGUUUCAUCGGACGCGCGUGCGCCUGACCAUCAGCU